AUGUUCCAUGCGAAGCGUGCCCACAUGGCCACCAGUAAGGAUCCAAUCUGGCGAUUUGCAAUUCCCUUGUCGCCUUCGGAGAAGAGCUAUCGACCUACACACAGAGCUAGUGGUGCUCGCGGUGCUGUCGCAUGGGACAUGAGUUAUAUGUCUACCGUGCAGCUGGAAGGCUCAGAAUCUUGCAUUGAAGCGGUUCUACGAGCCGUGGGUGUCAAUGGCGAUAUGGCAUGGGGCACCAGGGGAAAGAAAUGGAGGGCUGGCACCAGAUCUUUACAAGCAUGGACUUUUGAGAAAGAUCAUCCUGCGAGGCCGAUUGCUCCUGUUACGCUUGUCUGGUGUGUGCAGGCCAAAUCCGAGGAUAUUGAAAUGACAGACGCAGAUCAAAGCUCGUCCACAUCAAAGAAACUUCUUCGGAGACUUUUAAUUCGUGUGCACCCAUCGGCAUUCUUGCAGCUUUGGAACGAUUUGCUUGAAAGUUCAAAACGACAAAGCCCUCCAGUCAUGGUCGAGGAUCUUCGAUUUGAGAUUGGUAGCAUUCAAAUCACUGGACCGGGCUCGACAGAGGCACUACUGGCUACAUUGCAGCCUGUCCUAGACCUCAAAGAAUCGGCAGGAGACAGUCCGGAGGCUACAUGGCCACGGUUGAUUGGAGUAUCGAACCCUUCAUCUCUUCCCCAAAAUGCUCUCCUUUCUUUUAAUGUCUCCGACCCUCGCCUUCAUUUUCCACCCCGUACCCUCAAGGUCCCCGCAAAUGAAUCUCAGAUGAAUGACUUGGCCAUCUUGCUAUCUACAUGGUCUCCCGAUAAAACACAGGGCCCAUCUUCUCUUUUCGAUCGCCCAAGUCGUCUAGCUGCUCUACGGCAGCUACCAAGCCAAAAGGCAAUCAACCGUCGCCGUUCUCUCUCUGGUCCGGGUAACUAUCCGGCUUCAAAGCCAGAUGAUCCUAAGAUACCCGUGAUAAUUUUAGCUAAUCGACCGCCCAUACGACAUAAACGAAACUCUGCUCCAGGUUCCUGGACUGUGCUUUUGCCAUGGAAAUGUGUGACACCAGUCUGGUACUCGAUGAUGUACUAUCCGUUAUCAAGCGGAGGGAAUCCACGUUUCGGCGGACUGAAAGAGCAACAGCAACUUGCAUUCGAGGCAGGCGAGCCAUGGUUCCCCGGUGAUUUCCCGGGCACACGGGCUGGCUGGGAAUGGGGCCAGCGUGAGACAGAGAAAGCCCGAAAGCAGUGGGAGCAGCGACCCAAAGGCCGUCGAGUUGAAUUCGACAGUCUGGUUUUGGGAAAUAGUCAUCCCAAAGGAGAAAUUGGAAACGGCUGGGGGUGUGAAUGGGAGAGACUUGUUCAACGACCACCGCAGGAUCAACGAAGCCAGAAGGACGUUACGAAUGACAUGCCCGUCGAUCCAGAAGACAAAGAAUCUGGCACUAUUGGCUCCGCCAUUCCACCUUUGAACCAUCACAAUAUUCGUUAUCCCUCACUCGAUACAAACACGCUCCUCACCAAAUUCCUCAAAUCACCCCCGGAUCCUUCGUCGAUCGCCACUAUUCACCUGAAUCUUUCUUCUCGCGGCACUCCUACUCCUUCUGCGCGUAUCUACCGUCUUCCAACAGAGCCGGUCUUGCGAAAAAAGUGGCUUGACCUAGCUUCAAAACGGAACGCCAAGUCUAGCAAACAAAAGCCUAACCAAGAAAAGCCUGAAACUCCCAGCGAGGAAGCAAGGCGUCAGCUUGCUGAAUCGCUCCUCUCAACAUGUCCUUCUGAGGGUUCUGGAUCUGAUCAUCUGGAAAUUCCGAAGGAAGAAGAUUUGAUAGGUUUUGUCACCACUGGGAACUACAACCUCUCUGAGGGCAAAAGCACUGGAAUUGGGUCGAUUCUUCUUUCAAAGGCUUUGGUUCCCGGUACGAAGCUGUCCGAGAUGAGGAUGUGUAUUGUUCGUACCUCCGGAGAGAGAGUUGGACGAUUGGGAGUGUGGGAGCUUGUUUGA